AUGCUCACGAUCGUCAUGCGCCGACAUUUCUCCACCGGUCGCCGCGUCUUGUGCUCGCUCCAAGAGCUGCAGAACCUCAACGGCCGAGGGCUCAAGUUUCCCGUGCAAUUUCCAGAGCAGCAGUCGCAAUUGAGGGAGGCAGAGCCAGCAACGACUGUACAAAGGGCUCGACGACGAGACGCCCUGGCAACUGGUUUCGUGUUUUGGAGUCAAGAGACGCAGCAGCCCCGUGCGUUCCUCAACAGGUGUCCCCACGCGCUGUUGGAACUCGACUGGGACGACAGCGACUUUUUCUGCGAAGGGUUUCUCUUCUGCAAAGCCCACGCGGCGUUUUUCGAUCCCGACACGGGCGUUUGUCUUCGAGGGCCGACGUCGUCGCGCAAACCGCUGAGUAAUCUCAAUGCGCUUCACGUGGCAAUUGACGGGGAAGACAUUGUGCUACUGACGGAGGCGGCGCAACAAGGCAGCGAUCCCUCGCUUGCAACGUCGGCGGCUUUGUCUGGUCCAGCCGACCUGGCGGCUUACAAGCGCGAGAAACAACGAGAACUUGCAAACGCACUGUCGAAGCGAUCAGAGGCGGCCUCGGACGUCGAAGCGAUGCAGCAUCAACUGCAUGAAAAGACAAUGGCGCGGCUAAAGCGGUACGAGCAGAUCGACGACGCACGAGCUCGUGAAAAGUGCGUGUGA